AUGUCUCAUGAUCCUCAAAUUGAUUUGUUGAACAUAGAGCAAACAAAAAGAGAAUUUUCGUAGAUUCCAAUAAAAAAUCAAUUGCUUUAUAAAUUUGAAACUGAAUUUAUAGCAGAACCAUGGGAUGCACCAAUUAUCCCUGUAAAGUAGAAAAACUAGAAUACUUAAUUUAUAUCAUUUAAACAACCAAAAUCUCAUAUACAACCUAGAUAAUUAAACACUGAAAUACCACUUACUCCUUAAAGACCUAUAAGUUGUCAACAAAAAAAUCAAUUUGUAGAUUUAGGAAUACUUGUUAGUACUCCAACCUCAACUAAAAUAAUAUAAAGGAUUAUCAUUUCUGCACCACGUAAAUCAUCAAGAAAAAACUCAAAUAUUUAAUAUCGAUAAAAAUUUAUAUAGAGUAUGUUAGUGACUUAGAAAUAAAAUAGUUUAUUAUAAAAUUUGAUGUAUUCAUCAAGUGAUUACUGUAACUUUAUAUCUUAAAUAAAUCCUGUUUCUCAAAAAAAUAAAAUUAAUAAAGAACCUUAAUUUACAAAGUGUAAAUUUAAACUAAAAACUUUAUUAAACUGA